UCUUCCGUGGAUCUUUGCGUCAACUCGGACUGCUUUAACUGAAGCGCAAGAAAACGCGGAAGUAAACUUCGAUUCUUUUUUUUUUUCCGUUGGUGGUUUUAACGUCGCUCAUUAUCAAAACAAACAAACAUUUGAAAAAAUACAAUGGCAGUCAAUGCGGUUCAUUUGGAGUCGGAUGCGUUCCUGGUGUGUAUGAAUCACGCUUUGAGCACGGAAAAAGAAGAGGUGAUGGGUUUGUGUAUCGGAGAGGUGGAAGUCACCCGGAUCGUUCACAUCCACUCCGUCAUCAUCCUCCGCCGCUCGGACAAGAGGAAAGACCGAGUGGAGAUCUCCCCGGAGCAGCUGUCGGCCGCCUCCACGGAGGCGGAGAGGCUGGCCGACAUGACGGGCAAGCCGAUGCGAGUGGUGGGCUGGUACCACUCCCAUCCGCACAUCACCGUGUGGCCCUCGCACGUCGACGUGCGGACUCAGGCGAUGUACCAAAUGCUGGAUCAGGGUUUUGUGGGCCUUAUCUUCUCCUGCUUCAUCGAGGACAAGAACACCAAGACGGGCCGCAUCCUUUACACCUGCUUCCAGUCGGUGCAGGCCCAAAAGGGUUCUGAGUACGAGCGUGUGGAGAUCCCGAUCCACGUCGUUCCCCGCGAGGCCAUCGGUAAAGUGUGCCUGGAGUCGGCUGUGGAGCUGCCGCGGAUUCUUUGUCAGGAGGAGCAGGAUACAUACCGCAAGAUCCACAGCCUGGCCCACUUGGACCCGGUAACCAAGAUCCACAACGGAUCCGUAUUCACCAAGAACCUGUGCAGCCAGAUGUCGGCGGUGAGCGGGCCUCUGCUGCAGUGGCUUGAGGACCGUCUGGAGCAGAACAAGCAGAGCAUCGUGGAACUGCAGCGGGAGAAGGAGAGGCUGAAGAAGGAGCUCAGUGCCCUCUGACUGGGGAGGGACGGGAUUGGGCCACUCAUGAACUUUCUGGUUGUUUUGGUUUUUUCCCCCCCCAUAACUUCCGGCCUGGGCUAGCAGCUAAAUGCUAACCCAUAAUAACAACCACAGCUGUCACGUUUUCAUGUCGUUGUAUAGUUUUGGGGAGUGUAAUGUUUAAACGUCCAUUUGUUGAAGUUCUACCUAUGCAGUUGUACCUAAUGUCAAGUUUUUGCCCUCAACACAAGGAAGAAAAUAGAAACACCUGUACAUUGGGGCACUUUAUAAGUCAAGGUACUAUAUUAUAUGGUCAUAUCCUUCCAGGCAGUGGUAACGCUAUAUGCUAAAUGCUAAUCGAAAUUUUGUUUCCCAAUGAAUUAAAGAAAUGUGCCUUUGGAGUAAUGGACGUACCCUUGUAACACUAUGGAAAAACAUUUAGCAUUUUUUUUCAAUAUCCUAGUGCACUGAAUUGCCAGUGUCUCUACUAGUAUGCUAUUUGCUCGCAGUCGUAAGACUAUUCAGUGCACUAGUAAACAAAACAAAAAACUAGGGCACACUAGGUAAACGACUCUUAGUAGUCCCAUGUUUUUCACUACUGUGUGACAUUUCUGCACACUAUUAGAACAAAUAGGGUACACUAAAUCUAAUUCAACUUUAUUUAUAACCACGUCAUUCAGUGACAUGCAACUCAAAGUGGUUUACAUAGUUCAAAUCAAUCAAUACAUAUUAGAUAUACUAUACUAGAACAACUGUGUUACUGGUGAGGCAAAACUGCACUUGUUGACAACUGUGCUACAAUUACUUGGAGUGAUGUUAAAUGUUUACGAGUAAACAUCCAGCGCUUCACGAGCAGUAUUACUAGCGUACAGUUAUAAGCUAGUGCAGUUUUGCCUCACUAGUAACGUUCUACGAGUGCGCCCUAUUCGUUCUACUAGUGUGUGUGCUGAAUUGUCUUACUCCUGGGGAUGAAGAGCGUAGUUUUUGGGCUGAUCAAACUGAUUGUGAAAAUAUAUCAUUUGAAUUUUAAUUGCGGAUAAAAAAAUUAUUCAUUCACUUUUGAGUUUAUAGGACUUCAGUUUCAAACUAAUACAUUCAAUUUCAAAUUAUACUAUUCAGAUUCAGUUUUUAAUUGCAACGUUUCAAAUUAAACAAUACAAAUGUAAAUUAUGUUUUUCUAUUUCAGUUUGUAAAUGCAAUUAUUCAAGUGUAGAAAUUCAAAUACAAACGAUUCCAAUUCUGUUCCUGCAGACACAUAUUUCAGCUCAUUGUACUAGUACACAGACAAGCACAAUAGUUGGAUUUCGGUUACAGCUUAGCUACUCGGCCAACGAAGCUUUCGAAGUGGGGUUGGCUACUACUACUCUUUAUUCAUAUUUUUCAGCAGUGCGGCUGCUCAUGCUGCCGCUCACAAGUCGGUCUUGGUACUACAACAGACAACUGGUUUAUGAGGUGACGUGUUUUUCUGUGUGGCGUGCUGUGUUUGUCAUCUCGAGUACACCAUGCAGUUUAAGUGCAGUAACCACACUUUUUUUUUUUUUUUUUUACUCCUUAUCAUGUGUGGGGUCUCAUAUUAAAAAAAAAAAACAAAUCUGAUGUUAAUGGUAUAUGUGUAACCCACUUGACAUGCAGUGGUCAAACACAGUCCAUCUAACCUGUCCACGUUUGAACAAGAACAUCAUUUGUUACAGAAUGAAUUAAAGAAACGUGCCUUUGGAAUAGUGGAUGUGCACUUGUAGAUACUAUAUUCUGUACAUAAAGACGAGAUGUACAAGC